AUGGAAAAGGAGCAUACUUACUUGUCGGUACAAGCAUAUGGUGUUUGGAAGCAUGCUUUCUUUCGUCGCGUAUACCAUUCAAAUAGACAAGGCAUGGACUUGACGGCCACCAACAUACUUGAUAAGGCAAGAACAUACGAUAACUGGAUGAAACAUCAUUCAGAUUAUCUUGAGCGUAUUGCCAGCCGUCAAUGUGGUUACGGUGCUCGUCUUGAGUUUCGACUCAAUUGUUCUGAGGCUUCAUCACUGAUAAGCAAUGUUACUUCGGCGCAAACACUAGCCAAGAUCGAAAAGUGUAUCCACUGGUACCCCAAUGGGGAACUCUUUGGUUUUGUGCUAUAUCGUCUUCGCGCAUUGAAUGCACUGGUCCAGCGGGUAGUUGUCAGUAAAGAUCGUUUUACUGGCAAAACUUUGACUUUCUGUUCGCUUGUUGCUUUCUGGCUAAACUCGUUGGUUCAUCGUGAGCCAGAUGAUUCUCAAUGGCGUCCGGUUAAGAAGUUGAUCUCUGAGUACCAGCAUGCUGGCUCAGCUUUCCCGUUUGUUUCUGGUUUGUUUGGUGGCUCGGACAGCUCAUACUCUCUUUCCGUUUCCUUGGGCAGUGUCGAUCUGAAGAAGUUGACAGGUGUAGAUGUACCGACCCUAGUUGAGCCAAUGUCAUCGUCUUCAGCAUCAGCAGCACCAACUGUACCAACUUCAUCGCUAAGUAAUGAUAUAUGUAUCAUCCAACUUCAAGCUCAACUGUUGAAUAUGGACAUCAAUGAUAAUCUUCCAGGAUUUGAAAUGUUUAACAACAUAAGAGUUAGAGACGAGGUCAAGCAGUUCAUCAAAAUUGAUCAUGUUAGCAAAAGUACUUAUUGGUGUCUUGCGCAACACAUAUUCAUUGGGCAUGUUAUGAUAUCGCCAACAACUGUCAAGCUUUUCUCUCAAUUGAUACUUACUGAAAUGGUCACUCUUUUUGCAUCUUGGGAUCGAUAUGGCACAGAGUUAUUUGAUACUGUCGAUAAAGUCAAGCAAAUUGGAUAUCACUUCUAUUUCCGUCAAAACAUCAAUGAUCUACUUAAGCCGGAUACUGUUGAUUUCACCACCCAUUCACCGAUCAGAAAGUGGCUUGAAGAGUUUAUCUUUCCAAAUGUUACCAGUAUCUCAAGUAAUUUCGCCAACAGUUAUUAUAUUUUAAAAAGUGGACCAUAUAAGAAAUUGCAAUCACGAGCAUUCUUCAUCAAUGCGGUAUACCAACAUUAUCGACAACAUGGUGCAAUGUUUGAUAGAUUCAGAAAAGAAUGUAUUGAUUAUAUUAUGUAA